GUGUACGCAGUGACGUCACGAUGUGUGACGCAUCACCACUCUUUUCCUACUCCCAGCAGCAGAUGAGCUUGUGUGGUGAAGAUGGCGGAAUCGCUAUCGGCAGGUCUAGGAGAGGAAAAGGAGGAGAAGGACAAGGAGAAAGAGAGAUGGACCGCUAAAUCCGAGAAGGACAACAAUACCGACCGGCUAAGGGAGACGUUAGGAUUCAGUGAAAAAAAUGGUGGCAACAUAGGCAAGAAACGCAACCUGUCAGACCUGUCUCUGGUACGGUUUGUAACUACUGAGCUCACCAGAGGCUAUUUUUUGGAACACAAUGAAGCCAAAUACACAGAGCGGCGAGAACGGGUUUACACCUGCCUUCGAAUCCCCAAAGAGCUGGAGAAGUUGAUGACUUUUGGCUUCUUCCUGUGCUUGGAUGCUUUUCUGUACGUGUUCACGCUAUUGCCCCUCAGAGUAAUUCUGGCCCUUCUACGGCUCCUCACACUGCCAUGCUGCGGCCUCAGUGGUUCACGUCUGUUGCAACCAGCCCAGGUGUGUGAUGUGUUGAAAGGCUUCAUCAUGGUGUUGUGUUAUUCCAUGAUGAGCUAUGUGGACUACGCCAUGAUGUACCACCUCAUCAGGGGACAGUCUGUCAUCAAACUGUACAUCAUAUACAACAUGUUAGAGGUGGCCGAUCGGCUGUUCUCAUCAUUUGGUCAGGACAUUCUGGAUGCUCUGUACUGGACGGCGACCGAACCAAAGGAGAAGAAGAGAGCACACAUAGGUGUGAUUCCUCACUUCCUGAUGGCCGUGCUCUAUGUCUUUCUUCAUGCCAUUCUCAUCAUGGUUCAAGCCACCACUUUGAAUGUUGCCUUCAACUCACACAACAAGUCUCUGCUCACCAUCAUGAUGUCAAACAAUUUUGUGGAGAUCAAGGGAAGUGUGUUCAAGAAGUUUGAGAAGAACAAUCUCUUCCAGAUGUCAAAUAGCGACAUUAAAGAAAGAUUCACCAACUACAUCCUGCUGCUCAUCGUCUGUCUGAGGAACAUGGAGCAGUUUUCUUGGAACCCUGACCACCUGUGGGUGCUGCUUCCGGACGUGCUGAUGGUCAUCGCGUCAGAGGUCGCCGUAGAUGUGGUCAAGCAUGCCUUCAUCACUAAGUUCAACGACAUCAGCGCUGACGUGUACGGAGAAUACCGAGCUAGCCUUGCUUUUGAUCUUGUAAGCAGCCGUCAAAAGAAUGCUUACACAGACUACAGUGACUCUGUGUCCAGAAGAAUGGGAUUCAUCCCUCUGCCUUUAGCUCUGCUGUUGAUCAGAGUUGUGAUGAGCUCAGUGAAAAUCCAGGGUUCACUCUCCUUUAUGUGUGUCCUACUGUUUUACCUGGGGAUGAUAACUCUUAAAGUUCUCAACAGUAUCAUUCUACUGGGGAACUCAUGUGCGUUAGUGAAAGAGGCCAACAUGGAGGAGAAGCUCUUCAACCCCCCGCCGUCUGCCGUCUCCAGCCGCGUGAACUCCAGAGCUAAUCGAGCCAAACAUGUGCACACAGUACCUCAGCAUGAAGCAGCAGCAGCUGCAGACAAAGGAGGAACAUCUGUGUCAUCAGACAACGCUCAUCUUCCCACCAUAGAAGAGACCUCUGAACACACGAUCCCCAAGAGCGACUCGGACACAUUCCUGACAACGCCCGACGGCGAGGACGAGGACAAAAUCAUCAACACAGACACAGGACUGGAAGGAGACGGACUCACCAACAGAACCCCCAAGAAAGAUUUGUUGGAGAUCGAUCGCUUCACUAUCUGUGGCAACAGAAUAGACUGAGGGCCACGGGAACAGACAGACAAACAGUCGAUGUCCUGGAAACACAGCAACAGUUCAGGGAUCAAACACGGGUCAUGGAACAUGCUCAGACAUAUGGACUUAUUCUUGGGCACCUGACCUAAGUAUUUAUUUAUUUAUUCUGGAGAAAACCAGCUAAGGCAUAAAGCUGUUACUACAAGCAUCAGAAGCCCCCCACAGAUGUGUUCAGCUGCGUCAGGCAUUUUCCAGUUGGCUGUAAGUCAUGUGAUGCUCAUCGUGGCAAACCGCAGAAAUACACACUGAUGACGGGUGUACGCAGCUGGAACGGUGCACAACGGAAGAAGAAGUGUUUGUGUAAGAUGUUGAGAAGGAGUUGAGAGGCGGGCUGUGCUAAUGUGAGAUCAGAAGCACAAUCAAAGGGUGGAGUUGGUUUUUAGAUCUAACAGAAAACAUAUUUUUUAUUUUUUUAAGAAAACUUUUUUUAAUUCUAAAGUAUGAAAAACAACAUUUCAAAUCCAAUUUUUACGGACGUUGUCGGACCGUUUUCUUAAAAAAAAAUCAACAAAUUUAAUCUGUAGACUUUGUUUUCAGUCACUGAGUGAAUGAACAAUGUCAUCAGCGUAUAGAGUAACACUUCACUGUCAUUGAAAUAACUGAAGCUGUGCCUGUUUGUGAAGGCAGACAUUGAAGCAAAUAUUCCUCUUUUUUUUGUUAAAUUAAAUACUGUGAAUUAAG